GCCUGGAACAAAUCAUCAUUCUAUACUCCUCUACAGUCUCAAUGUUGCCCUUCGAGUGUCAGUAUUAGCAACUAAGGAUCUUGGACGGUCAAGAUGCAAGGGGGUUCAACAGCCAAUCCAGGAGCCAGUCUCUCUGCGAUAUCUGAAUCGGAUAUCAUCGAUGCGUUUCGUAACAUCCUCGCACGUUCACGAGUGAUCAUUUCUGCAGACCUCGAAACUCCGUACUCCUGCAGAUCUUAUACUGCCAACUGCUCUGUCACCGAGUCCGAAGAUCAGAGUAUCAGCGCCAUCAUCAAUGAACGCCAGGAGCAGUUGGAUGCAGUUUUGCACGAGAUCUCAGACCUGGAAACAGUCAUGGAUGGGAUGAAAAAUCUUCACCGGCAACUCACCGAAAAGAAGGACGGGGUUACACAAUCCAUGAAGUUGCACAAGCGAAUUGCAUCGGGAGCUCGAGUCGGGCGCUUGCCACCUGAAGUCAUAUCCCACAUUUUUAUUCACUGUCUCCCGGAAACCAGUAACAUAUUACCCCCAUCAAAAACGCUAGCUCCCAUGUUAUUGACGAGAAUAUGCCGACGAUGGAGGGAUAUUGCAGUGGGGAUGCCUAGUUUAUGGUGCAGGCUGCGGUUGUACAGCGACGAAGUCAACAACAGACGCUGGGAGUUUAUAGCUUUCUGCUAUGACUUAUGGCUAAAGCGAUCAAGAGGACUUCCACUUUCGUUGGAAGUCUGGUGCUGCAAUGAUAACUCGAACACCAAGUUACGACGCUUUAUUCAGCCUUACUUCUAUCAAAUAGCAUCUCUCUCCAUUCGUUGUUUCCCCCAGACCGACAAACCUGAACUCAUGUUCAUUUGCCUCCCAACACCCCAGGAGCUGAUCGUAUGCGCAUACGAUGGUUCUAAAAUGACAGAUAUUGUACAAUCUAUGUCGCAAUUGCCGCUCACUAUGCGCAGUCUCAAGAUAACCUUUCCGGCAUUCAGAUCCAACGAUGUUCUUGUUUGCACUCCCCUAUUGGCACACCUGACAAAUAUUGAGGUUGCCAUUGAUUAUCUGGAUGUAGUCACCGCCUUGCUCCCUCGAUGUCCCAACCUCUCCUCGUUAGCCUUUCUCACAGGCGUCCACCAUAAAAUGCAGCCCAACUCACCAAUCACACACACCAAACUUGGAUCCUUACGCAUCGCUCAUGACCUUAGGAGCACGAAACAUGUAUCUCGCUUGCUCGCAAAUUUAUCACUCCCGAAUUUACGCUUGUUUGAAGCCCGCUAUAUAGAGCCGUCGCAAAUACACGUUCUGUUCGAUGCUCUCGAUGCACUACCAUCCCCCGAGUUAUGCGAGCUUAAAGCUCGCUAUGCACGACAAUGGCCUCACGAGCAGUUGAUGGCAUUGCUAGCACAAUCGAAUUGUCCACUGGAGAGUCUGGUGUUCAGUGGUGGAGUGAUGAUGACAGAUGAGCAGCGAGCGAAAUAUGUUGCCCUGAUUCCUUCACUCGAAGUAGUAGUAUCCCGUGCGUCAUGAUGACUUUGCUUUACUCGUUACCCAUAACACUGGGCUUCAUGCUUCAUGGAGUUAUGCGAAGGUCUCUGUUUUGUGCUACUACUACUGUACGCUACCGGCUUCGUAGUAUGUUUCUGUUCGCAGUUCUACC